AUGGCGGGCGAGGAACCAGAUAUGGACCGUUUGAUGCGUGAGAUCGAAGAACGUCUCGUGCAAGCUAUAGACCUAGAAGAUGCAAGGCCGGGCCAGGCAGCGCGUUCACCGGCGCAUGGUGCGGCAGCGACCCUGACAGCGACCGAUUGGGAGGCCCCUUCCGAGCUUCCGCCGACGCAAUCCGCGUUGCCUGCUGAUGCGGCGAACGAUGGGACUUCACCACCAGUCUCUGCUUCAGCACCAGACAGUUUUAUAGCUCCUGAUCCCAAAGAUCUCCACGGAGUUCGGCCGUUCACAUCCGAGGGGCAGCAGGAAGUGGCGGCCGAAUCGACGGACUCGUCUAGCAGGCGCGCUGAUCAUCGCGCCGCCGAUCGCCAGCACUUAGCAUCCCCUCCAGGUCUGGAUGGUGCGGCAGCGCUCCAGCCCCCGCGCCAGACCAGGCAGCCAGAGUACGCAUGGUCCCCGGCGGGCUUGCUGUCCGCCCCUGGGCCCCGCCACCCCUUCUCCUACCCAGGGCGGCAUCCUCAGCAGCCCCAUCUGGUGCUCCCCAGCGCGUGCCACUGGUCGUUCGGAGAGCAGGCCGGCGCCCCCACAGCCCCCGCCCAGCCCUCCCACAGCGGAGCGCCCCUGCCGCUAGCGACGCACCACCAGACGGACGCCCGCGUGCAGCAGGCGUUCGGCGGCGCGGCACCGCCAGGGCUGGCUGCCGAGUACAGCGUUGCGAGGCAGGCAGCGCCUGGGCCAGGCUGCCGAGCCCCACCGCCAGGGUGCUUCGUGUGGCGCAGGCCAGGGUCCGAGCAGGCCUGGCAGGACGGCGGGGCGCCUCGCACCAGGGGCCCCUGCUUCCUGAAGCUGCUGGUGCAGAGAUACCGCGCUGGCGCCGUCAUUGGCCCCAACGGCCUAGAGAUUCAGAGAAUGCAGCAGAGGACUGGUUGCGAGAUCACCGUCUCCCGUGCCGACGACACUUUCCCCGGCACCGAUUGCCGCAUGUUGGUGGCCAGCGGCACGGAAGAGGAUGUGGGUCGAUUCUUAGAGAUGCAGAUCGAGUUCUUGGCGAGGCAGUCCAGGACCGACACCGACAACAUCGUGACCCUGAAUGUGGUGAUCCCGAGCUCAUCGGCUAGCGCGUUGAUUGGUCGCGGCGGCAAAGUGAUGCAAGAGAUGACUAGUCGAACGAGUUGUGCUUUCUCGAUCACAGAACGUGUCAAACAGCUGCAGGAGCGUAUACUCACCGCCAAGGGCUUGCCGUCCAACCUGCUGGUCGCCAUGAGAGAGAUCUCCCGCACGCUGCAGCAUGAUUCAAACAUCUCCAGUCACGCUGAUCUGCUGCAGUAUGAUGUCGACAUCGAGCCGGGAGCCUGGUACCGUGGGAGAGCUGAGCCACGGGAUCCCCAGAUGAUUCUGGUCCAUCCUGAGGACGCUGGGGCUCUUACCAAGCAUGAGCUCCUGGAGUACUUGCGCUCGGCUGCGCCGAUGGGGAUUCUGAUCGAGAACGGCCUCAUGGGGAAAUCCAGGAACGUGGUCAAGUCCAAGUGCGUCGCUGACAUACACGGCUGCGUGCAGCAGACGUGGGACGUGCGUGCUGGGCAGGGGCCUGGACGUGGCCCGAUCUGCAUUGUCCCUCCUGUAGGACUGCCGCUCGCACCUGGCCUUGUGAUCAGGUGA